GUCGCUUAGUGCGCUGACAGCGCGCUUCAGUCGUUGGGGCUGAAGCCCAGUAGCAUUCAUUCAAUCUGCGGCUUUCAUGAAGUCUCCCUACGAGGUCCUUCACUUUGCUCCUAAACGUGGAUUUUUUUCCCCCUACCAUUCUAGGCUCGCUCCCCCUCCUCGCCACCGGACUCCCUCCUCCGUCCCUGCCCACACGCACACUCCUCUGCCCCGCGGUGGCCCCAGCGCCCAGCCCUCCAGCCAGAGGGAGCCAGUCACCAGACGGCAGCACCUGGCUGGAGAGGUUGGGCGGGCCGAGGGUGGGGAUCCGCGGGAACCGGCGAGCCCGGACCUGGAGCAGAAGCUGGACCGACCGCGAUCAGAAGAAUGGAGUCUCCCGACAGCCUGCCGAGGCUGAUGUGAAAUAGGACCAUCUGCUUCCAGUUGGUCUGUUUCCUCUUCUUUUUGUAUUUUCUUCCCUCGCCAUUCACAGUGGAGUGAAUUAUUAAAUCUUGCUCCGUUCCAAGAGAGGCAGGCGAUCACGAUGGAGUGAACCCACCCAGUCCGCCACAAGGAAACGCCCAGAGAAGAAAUGACCAUGGCCAAGUUAACCGAAUCCAUGACGAAUGUCCUGGAAGGCGAUUCCAUGGACCAGGACGUGGAAAGCCCAGUGGCCAUUCACCAGCCAAAGUUGCCUAAGCAAGCCAGGGACGACCUGCCAAGGCACAUCAGCCGAGACAGGACCAAAAGGAAAAUCCAGAGGUACGUGAGGAAGGAUGGGAAGUGUAACGUUCACCAUGGCAACGUGAGGGAGACCUACCGAUACCUGACGGAUAUCUUCACCACCCUCGUGGACCUAAAGUGGAGAUUCAACCUGUUAAUCUUUGUCAUGGUCUACACAGUAACAUGGCUCUUCUUUGGGAUGAUCUGGUGGCUAAUUGCAUACAUCCGGGGAGACAUGGACCACAUAGAGGACCCGUCCUGGACUCCCUGUGUUACCAACCUCAAUGGGUUUGUCUCUGCUUUUUUAUUCUCAAUAGAGACAGAAACCACCAUUGGUUACGGGUACCGGGUCAUCACGGACAAGUGCCCCGAGGGAAUUAUUCUCCUCUUAAUCCAGUCUGUGUUGGGGUCCAUUGUCAACGCAUUCAUGGUAGGAUGUAUGUUUGUGAAAAUAUCCCAGCCCAAGAAGAGGGCAGAGACCCUGGUCUUCUCCACCCACGCGGUGAUCUCCAUGCGGGAUGGGAAACUAUGCCUGAUGUUCCGGGUAGGUGACCUGAGGAAUUCCCACAUCGUGGAGGCUUCCAUCAGAGCCAAGUUGAUCAAGUCCAAACAGACUUCAGAGGGGGAGUUCAUCCCCCUCAACCAGACAGAUAUCAACGUAGGGUACUACACUGGGGAUGACCGACUCUUUCUAGUGUCACCAUUGAUUAUUAGCCAUGAAAUUAACCAACAGAGUCCCUUCUGGGAGAUCUCCAAAGCCCAACUACCUAAAGAGGAACUGGAGAUUGUGGUCAUCCUGGAGGGAAUGGUGGAAGCCACAGGAAUGACGUGCCAAGCUCGAAGCUCCUACAUCACCAGUGAGAUCUUGUGGGGUUACCGGUUCACUCCCGUCCUAACGCUGGAAGAUGGGUUCUACGAAGUCGACUACAACAGCUUCCAUGAGACCUACGAGACCAGCACCCCAUCCCUUAGUGCCAAAGAGCUAGCCGAGCUGGCGAACAGGGCAGAGCUGCCCCUGAGUUGGUCUGUGUCCAGCAAACUGAACCAGCACGCAGAACUGGAGACAGAGGAGGAAGAGAAGAACCCAGAAGAACAAACGGAGAGGAAUGAUCCUCUUCCCCCAGACUCGGAUCCAGGCGUGUGUGUGGUUGGCAGAUAACAAUGGCCACAGAGUCAACAGGGUGACGCUGGACUCCUAGUGUGGAUUGAGAAGUAUUUCUUCUAAUUACAUCCUCUGACAGAGAUUACAGAGAAUUGAUAUAUUUUCCUCCUUAACCACUUGGAAGAAUCCACCCAGAAUGAGCCCAUCUGGACCUAGUGCUUUCUGGUUGGAAAGGCCAUGAAUAAUUUACUUAAAGUCGGGGCUGGAGAAAUGACUCAGCGGUUAAGAUUGCUUGUUGUUCUUGCGAGGGCCUGGGUUCAGUUCCCAGUGCCCACACGGUGGCUCACAAGCACCUAUAACUCCAGUGCCAAGGGACCUGGAACUUCUGGCUUCCACGGGCUGCUGCAUGUGUGUGGUGCACAUAAACUCAUGCAGGCAUUCAUGCUCAUACACAUAAAUAAAAAUAAACAAAACUUUAAGUCUCUAAUGUACAGACCUUUGGGGUUAUCUAUUUCCUCUACUGUGAGUUUUGCCAGACUGUAUGUUUCCUGUAAUGAGUCUCCUUCACACAAACGGUGAAGUGUGGAUGCAUCCUCUGGUGUCCUUUCAUGUCUGAGUUACACUGCUCCCUCCCAUCCCUUUCCGCAGUGAUUUCUGGCUCUCUCUCUCUCUCUCUCUCUCUCUCUCUCUCUCUCUCUCUCUCUCUCUCUCUCUCCCUGCUCAAACGGAAAUUUAAUAAUUUUGUUUUAUCUCAAAGAACUAGUCCUUGGUUCUGUGGACUCUCCGUUGACUUCCUGUUUUCAGUUUCAUCAGUGUGUACCCUCGUCUCUAUUCCUCACUGGCUUUGGAUUGAAUUCACUCCCACAACUUAGAGGGCUGGUUUCAGGUUUCUGUUCUGCUUGAUGCACUGGAUGUAUAAAGUUUUGUUCAGGCUCUAUUUUCACUUCAUGUCUAAAAUCGUGGUUUCAUCUUCACUGGGUUCAAGGUAUUUUUUUUUAAUUUCUCUUGAGGAUUUUUUCUGCACCCUGUGUUACUGAGAAUUGUGUUGUUUGAUUGUAAAGUGUUUAAAGAUUUCCCAGGUCUCUUUCCAUUAUUGAUUUCCAGCUUAACUCCACUGUGUUCUGAAAAGGAACACUAUAGAAUUUUUAUAGUUUUAAUGUGUUAAGGUGUUCUAACGGCCCAGGAUGAAGUGUCCCAAUGAAUGCUCUCUGUGGCCUUGAGAAGAGUCCGUCACCUGAUGUUCAACUCCUCAUUUUUCCAGCAUGUGUUUGACUCUAGAGUCUCUGUCUCUAUGGUCCUGACAUGAGUUCCUAGUUACACCCCAUCAGUCUAAGUCAACAUCACUCUUAAACUCGUGGUCCCUAACUGAGUCAGCUUUGAACUUUGUAAAUUCUUCCUGCUCCUGUCCCCAGCACGCCUUCACCAGCUACAUCCCUCUCGCAUCUCCACACUAACCCAGGUAGCGCAUAGGUAAUGAUGAGGUAGGCACUUUGUAGGGCACUGUGGCCUCCACCAAAGUGGUUAGCAUCAUCAGUGUAGAAUAAACACACAGCUGCAUAUUAAAUGAGAAGGUCACCAGGGGGUGGAAGGGCAGCUCAGCUUUUAAGGACAUCUGCUGCUCUUGCUUGGACCAGAGCUUGGGUCCAGGCACCUGUGUCAGGAGGCCCACAACCACCUGUAACUCCACCUACUGGGUACCUGACACUCCUGAACACACAUGUACAUUCUAACACAAACAGAUUCUCAUAAAUAAAGAUAAUUUUUUAAGUAACUCAAUACCAGCAUGUAAUGACUGAUUUCCACACAACUCCAGCUCUGCACCACUGGAAACAUGCAUGUAGGGACUUCACCAGAAUUGUGUUGAUACUAAACCACACACAACACCAGAGACGCGAAGGCGCCAUGUUCCAUAGCUCCGCUCUAUUUCAGCCGUAACUCACGUUAACAGCACUGCUUUUUUCCCUCCAUGUUUUUUGCCCAAAGCAGAAAGAAGAAAUCCUUUUCAUUAUAGGUUAAAAAAUAAUGACUUGUAUCUGUCUUUCCCAGAUGCUUGCCUGGCUGAGUAAAAUAGGAGGUUUCUCUGUGAGCUAGGAUAGAAAAAAAAAAAAUUAUUCUGGAAAGUCCACUAGUUCAAAAGUCCAUUAUCAGUGCCAAAUCCUUUUCUCACAGUUCAGUGGAACUGAGGAUAAGACUGAGUCUCUGGUCUGGAGGUAUUGUACUUCCAUGGACCACAAAGCUCUCACCAAAGGGUCUCACAGACUUAUCAAGACAAAGUCAAGGAGCCCUGGAACCAGGCCUUGAAGCUGAGGUGUCCUGAGGUCCUCACAGGAAUCCAUUUCUAAGGAACACAAAGGGCUGGAGCUGUGACUCAGCAGUUGAGAAUGCUCUUCCAGAGGAUUCAAGUUUGCUGCCCAGCAUCCAGGCAGGGCAGCUCACACCUGCCUGUACCCUCAGCCCCGGAGGAUCAGAACCCUCUUCUGACAUUUUCAGACGCCCACACGAGUGGUAUUAAAUCACACAGACAUGCACACACAUACAUAAACUUAAAUUAAAGUUUAAAAUGUUUUAAGCAAACAUAACCUCCCCCAGAAAAACCAGAAAUACAAAUAGACUUAGUCUUCAACUCUGUCCCCAGAAAUUUUCCUAAGAACCUGAGUUUUUAAUAACAUGCUUAUGUCCUACAGACAAAGGUUUUCAUUUCCAGGUGUGUGGCAGUCUUCAAGGCUGAGAGCAUGCCAAAACUUAUUUUUGUUCUAAAAGAUCCAGCAGCUAAUUAAUGCUAGACAAGGGCAAGGCUCUAUGAAGGCAGUCUGGUCAUGGACACAUAGUGAGUGCUUACUGUCCAGUGAGCAAUGUCUUAAGCAAGAUACCCUGGGGGAUACUAAUAAAUAGUAACACCUUCCGUUGUCCCCAACAAGCUACUACCCCAUGGCCACCAGCUCUUACUGUGUGGCCACACAAACCCCUGUGAGCAAAUACUGUUCCCCAUAUUACACAUGAAGAAAGUGAGUCUCGUUUUAGGAAUAAAAAUACUUAAUCCAGAGGGGCAGCUAGACCACAUUGACUGGAAUUUGAAGACAAGCCGGCCUUUCUAUGGGCAGUAGGCAACAGUAUCAUGUGGCAGGAAGGGAGGCAUCCUGAUAUUUCUUGUGCCUUGGUGGGCUUUGGAAGUGAGAGAUCCAUGGGAAAGAUGUGUCAUAAUGAGGGGCCAGAUUGAGACAUACAGACAUGCUGCAGGGAGCCAGGGGACAGUACCUAGGCUGGCCGACACAGAGUAGACGACUUCCCAGGGGAUUUGAUAAAAAUACAUUGUGAAAACUGGUGCUAAAUCGUAGACCACUCUGAACUGGAGGUGGAGGGCCACAGGUGGGCUUAUUAAUAAAGCCAUCACAGUGUCAAAAUAGCUCCUGACGCUUUACAGUUGAACAAAAGGACAGUUUGCACUGAACUGAAGCAGGAUGUCCUUGACACAAUCGUCAAGCACUCCCAAAUAAUUCAGUGAAUCUGCGGGGGGAGGGGAAUAGGAAAAAGUGGCAUUUCUGUGGCAUGUCAUAGUAAAUUGCAAGCCCAGCAAAACCAUAUGCAGAGAAUACUGGACCACCCCUGUAGCUUUCCUUAAGCAAAAACCAAUGAUCUUUUAGAGACGCACAGAAAAACACAGGGGGAAAAAUCUUCCCCAAAAAACUCCCGCGAAGGCUUCAACUUCUCUUCGCAGUAAAGUAGCUGAUAUCUGCUUCUGAGGUCAUUGCUGCCAACCUCCCGCCAGGCUUUUGAAAAGUGAGCCAGGCAGACCUCAGGCCCCGGUUUGGCUCCUGACCCACUUCCAUCCUCUGGUAACUCCCGUCACUCAACUCCAAGUACGUCUGCGCACGGACAACAAGGCGAAAGCAUGCCAACUGCGAAAGCACAAAUUAUGUAUUGAGAAAUCUCUACAAUGCCAAAUUUUUUUAGAAUAAAUAUAUAUAUAUAUUUAAGAACUCGCUGUGUUAGGGAAACUGUUUACAUACUGAGGCGUUCCUCUUUUUUUGACUGGAACAAUAAAAGAAUAAUUUGA